AUGGAACAGGUUCAUCACUGGCCCCUAUGGAGGACUGAUGGGAUCAUUAUAACUGCAUUGAUCCAUAUUGGUCCUGUGGAGUUUCUCUAUUACUGGUUUCACAGAGCUCUACACCACCAUUUUCUCUAUUCUCGUUAUCAUUCUCAUCACCACUCCUCCAUUGUUACUGAGCCCAUCACUUCUGUUGUUCAUCCGUUUGCUGAGGUCCUAGUUUAUUACGCCCUCUUUACCAUACCAGCAAUUGCAACAGAAUUCACCGGGACUACUUCUAUAUCUUCAUUUGUUGCUUACACCACCUUUAUUGAUUUCAUGAACAACAUGGGCCAUUGCAACUUUGAGCUCAUUCCUAAGUGGAUCUUCUCUAUGUUCCCACCUCUGAAGUACCACUCACUACAUCACACACAAUUCAGAACCAACUAUUCUCUUUUCAUGCCAAUGUAUGAUUACAUAUUUGGUACAAUGGAUAAGUCGUCAGACAAAUUGUAUGAAAAGUCAGUUGAGAGGAAAGCUGAAGUGCCUGAUGUGUACUCUAGCCCAUGGCAAAGAGAGAGGAUUAAUAACUUGAUCGAGGAAGCCAUCAUGGAAGCAGAUCAGAAAGGCGUAAAGGUUUUGAGCCUCGGACUGUUAAAUCAGGAAGAGAAGCUAAAUGACAAUGGUGAAGUUUACAUAAGGAAGCAUUCUCAGUUGAAAGUGAAAGUGGUAGAUGGAAGUAGCCUUGUUGUUGCUGUGAUUCUUAACUCCAUUCCUAAAGGAACUUCCCAAGUGAUCCUUCAAGGGCGUCGUCGUUUGUCCAAAGUCGCUUACUCUGUUGCCCUUGCCCUGUGCCAACGAGGAAUUCGGACGAGGAAGUUAUACACGAGACUUAAAGCAAAGUUUACUCCUGAGGCUGCAACUAAUUUGGUCUUGUCGAAAAGUGCAAAUGCUUCAAAGACGUGGCUAGUAGAUGAUGGAUUGAGUGAAGAUGAACAAUUGAAGGCACCAAAAGGGACAUUAUUUAUUCCUUAUUCACAAUUCCCACCUAGAAAAGCUCGCAACGAUUGCUUCUACUUGAAUACACCAGCCAUGAUUAGUCCAAAACAUCUCCAAAAUGUAGACUCUUGUGAGAAUUGGCUGCCAAGAAGAGUGAUGAGUGCAUGGAGGAUAGCUGGAAUUUUGCACGCUUUUGAAGGUUUGAAGGAGCAUGAGUGUGGUAACAUGAUGUUUGAUAUUGACAAAGUAUGGAAAGCUAGUCUUGAUCAUGGUUUUUCCCCAUUAACCAUGGCUUCUGUUACUGAAUCCAAGACCUAG